CAAGAUGCAAAGGAAAUGUGUAUUGCACGCAUUCGUGUAAGUAUUAGUAGCAUUCUAACGUAGUUUUGAUAGUUUAAUGAAAAAUAACGCACAUAAGAAAGAUAAUGUGAAUCGUUUUACUUGACAUCGAAUUUGUUGUCUCUAUAUAUGCAUUUGACUGGAUGAAUUUGUGGGACAAAUAGGAAAAUUUUGAUUUCAUGAAGUAACUUAUGUAGACAAAGCUAUACUAUAAAGUAUGGGUAAACGAUACUGUGAUAACCGAUCCCGCCUUAAGAAGAAGUUCGAGAAAUGAGCUGUCGAUUGCCCUGCACACAUAGAGGGGGCAGAUUGGGGAUAUUUGUCUAACUUAUGGCAAGACAAAGACUAUCAGCUUUGUAGUACUAAUUCGCUAUAGUUAAGAUUUGGUAAUAUCUUCACGACCCAAACUCUUACUAUAAAUUCUAACAUAUAGAUAUUGUGGUACUCCUAAUUGGUUAUUGAAAAUGCAAGAAGAAUGUGACAAUUACAAGGAUAGUCGAUCUAAGCCCAAGAAUCACCAUGUUGCUGGAUCAAAGGCUUUCUACAAGGUCAAAAAUCAUUUGAAAAAGAAAAACAAUGGCAUAAAUCCUGACCUUUCUGAGACUUGGAAGAAGACUCAUUACAGCAAAAAGAGAAAAUGUUGGACAGAUGGUUCAGAAACCGUAUAUAAAAAGUUAAAAGAUGUUCAGGAUCAAGCGAUGGCAAAUGGAUCUGUUCCUUUGACAGAUGAGGAGCUCUCAUGUACAGUCUUUGGACCCAAACCAGGAUACAUACCUACGUGGUUUAGGACAUGGUCCCAAGCCUAGCUUAACCAAAUCUGGCCAAACUUCUCGGGCACAACUUAUAAGAGAUGUUGAAGAGGCUAGAGAAGAAACUACAGCAGCGCAGAAGUAGUGUGAAGAGGCUCUAGUUGAAGUAGCACAGGCUCAUAAAAAUAUAGAGCAACUAGCAAAAACCAUGGCUCAUAUGCAAUCCCAAUUAAAUUUCUUGUUACAGCAAAAUGGUCACAACAUGCCUUCCAAUGAUGCUAGUGAGUAUCUAUUCCUCGCUUUUUUUAUUUUUACUUUUACAGACUUGUAGUUGGGCAAAAAAAUAGUAACGACAUAGUUUUAUUUGCGCUAUAGUUGAACAUCUAAUAACAUCGCAUAGUAGACUGAGACUUAGGUUUGUAUCAUAUGG